AUGGAAGUUCUCAAAAUUAGAGCUAAUGUAGAGGAGGACGAUGAAGCAACUAUGGCUAGGUUUCUCCAUGGUCUAAAUCAUGACAUUAGUGACAUAGUGGAACUUCAUCACUAUGUUGAAAUGGAUGAAUUGGUACACCAAGCUAUCAAAGUGGAACAACAACUCAAAAGAAAGAGCCAAGCAAGGAGAAAUUCCACCACUUUCAAUUCUCAAAGUUGGAAGGACAAAACAAAGAAGGAAGGUGCUUCAUCAUCUAAGGAAGCCACGGUUGAAAACAAAGGUAAAACUAUUACAUCUUCUUCUUCAAGUGUUUCAACUAACAAAAGUGUUAAGUGUUUCAAGUGUCAAGGCAAAGGACAUAUUGCAUCUCAAUGUCCAACAAAGAGAACUAUGCUUAUGGAAGAAAAUGAAGAAAUUGUUGAAGAGGAGGAUGGUGAUUAUGAUGAGGAGUUUGAAGAAGAAAUACCUAGUGGAGAUUUACUCAUGGUGAGAAGAAUGUUGGGAAGCCAAAUAAAGGAGGAGGAUACAAGUCAAAGAGAAAACCUUUUUCAUACAAGAUGCUUUGUGCAAGGAAAGGUUUGUUCUUUAAUAAUUGAUGGAGGAAGUUGUACAAAUGUUGCAAGCACGCGUCUGGUUUCUAAACUAAAAUUGGAAACAAAACCUCACCCUAAGCCUUACAAACUCCAAUGGCUUAAUGAAAGUGUAGAAAUGCUUGUUAAUAAACAAGUUGAGAUUUGUUUUAAAAUUGGAAAAUAUGAGGAUGUAGUGUUGUGUGAUGUAGUACCAAUGGAAGCUAGUCAUUUGUUAUUAGGAAGGCCUUGA